GAAGAGCGUUUUCCCGAAACAAUCGAAACGAUUUUGACAUCGGCUGUUAUCAAUAAUUACCGGUUCUAAUGAUCUUACAGAUUGUUUGUGGGUCAUUAAAUUUAUAUAAGUGAAAAUGGUGCUAGAAUUUAUUUUAUAAAAAUAAAAAUCUCAAUGAUAAACUUUGUAAUUUGUAAUGUAAUAAUACAAUUAAUCUUUAGUUAAUAGUUGAUGCAAGGUGGUUUUAGUGGCAAAUUGUCUUUUAACUUAAAAUUGAUGUUUAAACAGAUAAAAAUCAUGAAGCUUCGAUCUAUUUCGAUAUUUAUCCAAAUGUAAUUUUACAUUGACAAUUGAUAAUAUUGAUAAAUAGAUCACCUACACCAUGAAUAUCAAAAUGAAAAUAUUUUUUUGAACGUCACUAGAUAAUUUAUUUAUUUUCAGUUGUCAUAUUUUGAAAAUACGAUUAUAGUUUCGCUGUUGAGAUAAAAUGUUUUUAACAUUAUUUUACAUGUACGCUACAGUAAUCCAAUGGUUCAGAUUGUCGAAUUUGAAAAACAAAUUAAACGGGACCCUAAAUAACCAAAACGCCCUUCUAGUAUGCGACGAAACUAUCAUAUACGAUUCGAAAAAAAACAGAAGUUUUGAAAAUUUGCUUUUCAAAACGCAGGAUAGGGUAGGGUGUACUGUCGUACCAAAACAAAAGAUCAACUUAUCCCAGUGGUUAAUAUUUCCGAAAGAUUACAGGCAGUUUCCUAUAUAUUUUAGUAAGAAAACUAUAAAGUUAGAACCGCCUCAUGUUUAUGUUUUAGUGCAAGCUGUACUCGAAACGUACGUUAAACAUUCUGCCGAUAUGAUUCAGGUUGAAAAAUAUGGAGAACUAGUUGCUUGGAGGGCUUCCGAUACUUUCGAAGCCAUAAUAAAAUCUGAUAUCAAUAAAUUGACCAGAAUUGUUCACUGUUUUUCAAAAAAUCCACUCGAUAUUAACCAUGAGUUGAGAUUACUGAAAAUUGAAACUGUCGAUGUCGAAGGUUUUCCAGUUAAGAUUAAAUUCGAAAAAAAAUUUACCAAAGAAAAUAUUUUAAAAUACUCAUAUGCUCCCAUUUAUUGGAAAAAAUUUGCCGAAACAACAAAAGACUUAUAUGGUAAAAUCAGGGACGUAAAAAAUCCAAAAAUCACAAUAGAAAGCGGAAAAUCUGAAGAAAGGAAAGUCCCAGUAAAUGAAGUUAAACCGAUUAAAAAAGAUGGCAAAAAAUCAGAUGACAAAAAUACUCUAGAAGUUGGCAGCGGUGAUUACAGAAGACACAAAUCCGGCGAACACAGACGAGAUAAAACAGUAGAAAAACACAAAACUGCUACAAACACCAAACCAGAAGUAACCACAAAAACGAAAGAUGAUGUAAAGCAUAAAAAAAACGAAGACAAACAUAAAAAUAAAGAAGAUAUUAAAUUAGAAAGUGAGGAUCAAAAGAAGAAAGAAGCUAAAGCGAAAAAGCAAACAGAAGAAAUAACAAUAAAAGAAGUUAAAGAAGAUAACAAGAAAAAAGAAACAGAUAUAAAAACUGAUCACAAAAGAAAAGAAACAAAAGUUGAACAAGAAACGACAGUCACCGAUGGAGUAGUAUCUAUAAAAGAACCCAAAGAAAAAUAUAAAAAAGAACAUACUAAAAAAUCUAAAAGCGGAAUUGGAAAACUAUCGAAACGCUCUAGCUCUGAAAAGAAAUUAGUGAAAAGUACAGCUCUUUGUGAAGACGUAGACGAUGGUUAUUCACAAAAACCUAAGGAUUAUUUAGCAGUUAAUCCCAAAAGUGAUAAAAAUGAAUCUCUUAGCAAUGCUAACACGCACAUUAAUAAAAAUAAUAGUAUAGGAAAAAAUAAAACUAAACCUCCGAACAUACUAAUCUUUUCUGAUAGUUUAAUAGCCAAAGAAAACGUCAAAGUGACAUUCGACAAUAUGUUAAAUAAAGAAAAGUACGUCAUCUAUGAUCUUCCAAUUGAUUCAAAACAAAACGUGUGGAACGAUUCCACGGCUUUGGUGGUAGUAUGCGGUGAUAUACCGCCCAAUCUAACCUCACAUUUACUCCAAUAUUUUUUAAACGGCGGUCAAUUGCUUUGCCUGUGCAGCGAUUUUCUUUACAGCGUUCUAAAUACAUUUACAACAGCUGAAGUUAGGGAGCACGAACUAGUAAGAUUCAGUUACGGACAAUGGAAACAAGUGAAAAUGAUGCAUCACAUUUUCUGUUAUCAAGCAUCUCCGACGAAAAAACAAUUUUCCAAAGAAUCCGAUCAAAGCAGCGACAACAGUUCAAGCCCCGUGGCACCUAGAACCCCAUCAGCAGUCGAGAUACAAAAUAACGGAAAAGAUUACGUUAUCCAAGUCAAAGUUCUUGGUACUGAAGAAACAUGGCAAACACCAAGCUUGCUAUUGGCUACAGUGAAAGGAGGUAGUGGACGAACAGUUUUUUCUCAGGUACAUUUGGAGAUCAACCCCGAUCAAUUUGAGGAUGAUGAAAGUAAAUUUCAAGCUUUAAAAGAAAGUAACGCAGCUCGCUUGGAGAUUUUGAAAGAUAUUUUAACGAAUCAUUUGGAGAUCGACUGUUCUGGCAGUAAAAAUGUGGAAUAUACACCUGGGUACUUCUUAGGUCGACAUGAUCUCAAAUUGAAAUUAUUAACAGACUGCGAAGAAAUACAAGACAUGAAAAUGGACUGUAGAAAAAUAUCGUUAUUAUUUUGUGGUAAAGACGAAAACCCUCCGAAUACAACUUCGAAUUUUAUGCCUGUGUUCAUCCACACUUGUCCUUCGAAUUUUUCCACUGUAACUUAUUUCGAAUCGCUUACCACAGAUCAAAUAGGUCGGUUAGUUAUCUAUUCCAACGUAAUGACUAGCUCCCAAUUGUUAUUGGAUAAAACUUUAACCCACGGUAUCGCAGUUAUUCCAAGACAACAAACCUCCGGUACAGGUCGUUCGAAUAACCAAUGGAUCAGUCCGGAAGGAAGCGCUAACUUUUCCCUUCAACUUCACGUGCCUACCAAAUCUCCUUUGGGUAGAGCCCUUCCGCUUAUACAACAUCUAACGAUGGUAGCCAUAGUUUCUGCCCUAAAGAAAAGAAGUGAAUUCGAUCUGGACAUAGGGAUAAAAUGGCCGAACGAUUUGUACGCCUAUGGGAACGUCAAAAUUGGUGGAUUGAUAGUUAGUUCUGUUAUUACAGAUACGACAGCUAUUGUUAAUAUCGGUUGUGGUGUUAAUUUGGAUAAUUCUAAUCCGACUACUUGUAUUAACGAUAUCAUUAAAAAAAUUAAUACCGAUGAAAGAACCUCUUUAAAAACAAUACCUUAUGAAGUCUAUUUCGCUGAUGUUUUUAAUGAACUCGAGAGGAUAUACAAUAUAGUACAAAGUGGAAAUAUCGAUUAUUUUUUCGAUUUAUACUACAAGUAUUGGUUACACAGUGACAGCGAAGUUAGCGUAGCGUCAACUUCAGGUCAAUCGAUGAAAAUGAAAAUCGUUGGUAUAGACGAGUUUGGAUUUUUAAAAGUACAAUCACCAGAGGGCGACGUAAGCACUAUUCAUCCCGAUGGCAACACCUUCGACAUGUUACAAGGUCUAAUUUCAAGAAAAACUUUUUGAAAAGACAGAAGAUGCUGUCCGUGAAAACAUAUUGUUCUACAUUAUGUGUGGUCUUAUAUUUUAGUUAGGAAAUUUGGAUAUGAAUGAGACGUUUUGAAUACAGUGUUUACACUAUCACUACACCAACACUCACAAUUACACUGUCUGACGCGCGUUUCGAUUAUCAAGUUACCGUCUUCAGAGGCUGAAGGUAAACUACAAUCUAUUAACCUGUUUUAUACUAAAUUAUCCACCAAUAAACCUUCUCCCUCGAAAAAUAAGUCCAGUGGAAAUACCUCCUUUGCGGGAGGUUAUUUCUCGAUUACUGAAGAAUUUAUUUUAAAUUUUAAAUAUUAAUUGUUAAAAAAUGUUUCCAAUAAUAAAUUGAUAAAUGCAUUUGAAAGCAUUGAAAUUGCUAAAUGUAAGAAAAGUUUGAAUAAGGACAAAUGGGCCAAUUCCUUACAGCCCACUCUAUAGUUUAGUAGUCAAGGCGUGCAAGAUUCCCGCCAAGGUGGUUUUCCCACUGGUAUUAUUUUUCGCCGGAGAAGGUUUAUUAGUGGAAAAAUUAAGUAUAAAACAGGUUAAUUGAUUUUAGUUUACCUUGAGUCCCCCAAGACGAUAACUUUGUUAUCGAAACGCGCGUCAGACUGUGUAAUUGUGAAUGUUGGUGUAGUGGUGGUGUAAAGUAUGAAUAUCACCAACUGUUCCAAAAAUUCCAACUUGGUUAUGAAUGAGAUGUUUAUCAAAUUAUCAUAUAUCCUUAAGAAUUUUAAAAAAUGAGACCUCUUCACAUAACAAACUGAUCUUUUGUGAAAAUAGCAGAUAAGUAUGGGCUUUUAUUAGAACUUUUUUUGCUGGGAACUAUUUUUCCAAUCCUAUGUGCUCUUUUGAUCAUAUAGCACAAGGUUCGUUGUUGAUACUGAUAUUGAACACACUGUUUACGCGCUACCACUACACCAACACGCACAAUUACACACUUUACAUUCUGUUCCUGAAGCCGAUAACUUGGUUAUCGAAACGCGCGUCACAUAGUGUGAGUGUUAGUGUAGUAGUAGAAUAAACAGUGUGUUUAGUAUUAAAGUGAGCUGACAAAUUGUAGGUCCUCUAUUUUUGGGAAGAAUAAAUUUAUUUUCCAUUUCAAAACAAAUAACGGCUGUUGUUUCAUCUUUAUGUUAGCAGAUCAAUUAUCUAGUAUGUCUUUUGCAUAAAAAAAUUCCGAUAAUCCCAUCAGAUUACAUAUAGAGCUAUCAGCUCUUAGUAACGUGAUGGGGUCUUCUAUCCUGUGGAAAGUCCGGCUUUAACCGGACGAUUGGAAACUGUAGAUGAAGUUUGUUUAAAUCAGUGUAGAUGUAUCAAUUUUGAAUAAAAUAUAUUAACCAAGUAAAAAUACAUAAUUAAAAAAAAUGCAGACAUUAUCUUACCUAAUAAUAUUCUAAUUCUAGUUACAAAGACUUCCCUUAUAUUAAACAAUUUACUAAUCAAUUUUAAUGUUCCAAUAGAGUAAUUGCAUAGAGAAAAAAAAAUUAUUGAAAAUUCAAAAAUUUUGUAGGUAGUUUAAACAUUUCAGUAAAGCCGCCAUAUUGCAUGACGUCAUAGGUAUAAAAUAAACACUGAACAUAUGAUACAAAGUAAAUACGACAGUUAUUCUCUCGGUUAAAACAUCUGAUGAAGUUUUUUUAUGAUGCCAAGAAAUUCCAAUAUACAACAAAAAUAGUUUGAAAGUGUUGGUCGUUUUGACGAUCCUACGAGGAUUUCAUAUCAUAUCAUCAUAUAUAAAAUAUACAAAAAAUAAUAGUAUAUUAUAUAACGAGUUUGGAAAAUGAUACAUUUCGCACUAGCUACUGUUUUUCACGAGCCGCGUAGCUGAAACGUGACGAGGGCGAAAUACACUUUCCAACCUUUUUCUACGACCACGUAAAAUUCUUCAAAAAACGUAUUUUUUAAAUAAGAAAGUCAAUUAAACAAUAUCACAUAUGUAUUGAAAAGUACAUAAACUUACCUGUUAGUAAAAUAAAGACAGUCAUGAAUAAUGUUUUCCUCUACUAUGGAGAAUAAACUUUCAUUCAACUACUUUAUACAUUUCCCGGUAAUAGCACUGAAAUUUAACGUUUAAAUUAACUUGCCGACACUAGUAUGUAUUUGAACACAAAUCACAACAAACUUUUAAUUUUUAUUGCAAACACAACAACCUCAAAAAAUCAUAUUGUCUACUUCUUCAGUCUUCUUAAAUUUGGCCUUCUGCCUUUCGGCACCCAGCCAUACAUGUGUGAAAUAGGCUAUUUUCUUAGGUAAAAAUGAGUGUACAAUCUGUCAUUUUCAUGUGUUUGUAGAAAAAUACUUUUUAAUAAAUGCAAGUACCCUAUUGUGAAGUAUCCUACUAGUUUUUUAACAUAUCAACUUAAGUGUAAAAUUUUGUUAUAUCAAAUAAUAUUUCUAUAUAAGAAAAUCAAAAUUGUAUUGUAUCGAUUGUAUUUCGAUUUUAUGGAGUGGUACUCGAUUGUUGUUGUGCAAUGUUUAUUUCUGUUAUGUAAUGUUACAAAAUUGUUCCAAAUAUAUUUUGAAAGCA